GAGAGCAAAUGGCAAAAUCCCUUCCCUCCCUCCCUCCACUCGUCGUAAUUAUUUCAGGAAUUAGGGAUUUAUCAUUUAGGUGGCAAGGAAGGGAUGCCAAAAUUUUUAAGCUUUAUAAUUAGUUGAUAUAAUUUCAAUCAUACCAAGCUAAACGACCAGAGUAGAGUCCUUGUAACCUAAUCUAAAAAUCUGAAAAAUCAAAUGCUUUCUAUCAUUCUUUCUUCUUCUUAUAAGAUAAAUAUAAAGGUGCUCAGUUUUAAGCGUUUAGUUACAGACAGGCAGACAGACGGACGCAGAGUAGAGGUGAUGAUGAGAUGAGGUGAUGAGGUGUUGAGAGCCUCCAAGGAGAUUGAGAUGGACAGCUUAUAGCUAGUUGUUUUGUAGAAGAAGAAGCCUAGCAUAGCCUCUUCAGAUUAGGAUUAGGAAUUUAGGAUUAGGCGGCGAUGGAGCCGGACUCUGCAAUUUCGACGCCCUCCCGGAAUCCUCCUCCUCCUCCUAGUCAGCUUUCAUGGGUGAAUCUCUCCAGAAAUCUCAUACUUGCAUAUCAAAGCCUUGGCGUGGUUUAUGGGGACCUUAGUACUUCUCCUCUCUAUGUUUAUACUAGCACAUUCACAGGGAAUCUGCACAACCAUAACUCUGAGGAAGUGAUAUUUGGUGCAUUUUCUUUAAUCUUCUGGACCAUUACACUGGUACCCUUGCUCAAGUACAUCUUUAUCCUAUUGAGUGCUGACGAUAAUGGUGAAGGUGGGACUUUUGCGCUUUACUCGCUGCUUUGCCGCCAUGCAAAGUUUAGUUUACUUCCCAACCAGCAAGCAGCUGAUGAGGAGCUUUCAGCUUACAAAUACGGUCCUUCAUCACAGGUUGUAAGCUCUUCCCCAUUAAAGAGAUUUUUGGAGAAGCAUAAAAGGUUACGGACGGCCCUACUAGUGGUGGUAUUGUUCGGCACUUGCAUGGUCAUAGGAGAUGGCGUGCUCACUCCAGCAAUUUCAGUUUUAUCAUCGGUAUCAGGGUUACAAGUUACAGAAGAGAAAUUAACUGAUGGUGAACUCCUCUUGCUGGCAUGUGUCAUAUUGGUUGGCCUGUUUGCUUUGCAGCAUUGUGGCACCCACAGGGUAGCAUUUUUGUUUGCACCUAUUGUAAUAAUCUGGUUGAUAUCGAUAUUUUCCAUUGGGCUGUACAACACAAUACAGUGGAACCCAGAUAUUGUUCAUGCAUUGUCGCCCCAUUAUAUUAUCAAGUUUUUCCAUGAGACUGGUAAAGAUGGUUGGAUUUCUCUUGGUGGGAUUCUUCUCUCAAUAACUGGUACUGAAGCUAUGUUUGCAGAUCUUGGUCAUUUCACUGCCUUAUCGAUAAGACUUGCGUUUGCAUUUGCUAUAUAUCCUUGUUUGGUAGUACAAUACAUGGGUCAAGCUGCUUUCAUGUCUAAACAUCCUGGCUCCAUUCGUUACAGUUUCUAUGACUCCAUACCUGCUCCUGUAUUUUGGCCCGUCUUUGUUAUUGCUACCCUAGCAUCAAUUGUUGGAAGCCAGGCUGUUAUAACUGCUACUUUCUCAAUCAUCAAGCAAUGUCAUGCCCUUGGUUGUUUCCCCCGAGUCAAAGUUGUCCACACCUCAAAGCAUAUAUGCGGGCAGAUCUACAUUCCAGAAAUUAACUGGAUCCUUAUGAUCCUUACUCUUGCCAUAACCAUUGGAUUUCAAGACACUACUUUGAUCGGAAAUGCUUAUGGACUUGCUUGCAUGAUGGUUAUGUUUAUCACGACAUUCCUUAUGGCACUGGUAAUAAUCUUUGUUUGGCAGAAAAGUGUGGUUCUGGCUGCGAUUUUUCUGAUUUUUUUCUGGUUCAUUGAGGGAGUGUACUUAUCAGCAGCACUCAUUAAAGUACCUCAGGGAGGAUGGGUCCCUUUUGUUCUCUCGUUCAUCUUUAUGAUUGUUAUGUAUGUCUGGCAUUAUGGUACACGGAAGAAGUAUAACUAUGAUCUUCACAACAAAGUCUCGUUAAAAUGGCUACUUGGUCUUGGCCCGAGCCUUGGUAUAGUCCGGGUGCCUGGGAUAGGUCUCAUAUACUCAGAGUUGGCAACAGGAGUUCCUGCAAUAUUCUCUCACUUUGUAACAAAUCUUCCUGCAUUCCACAAGGUGUUGGUUUUUGUUUGUGUAAAGUCAGUUCAGGUGCCAUGGGUUUCACCUGAGGAACGAUUUCUGAUUGGCCGGAUAUGUCCAAGACCUUAUCGUAUGUAUAGGUGCAUUGUGAGGUAUGGGUACAAAGACAUCCAACGGGAUGAUGGGGACUUUGAGGACCUGCUCAUACAGAGUAUAGCAGAGUUCAUCCAGAUGGAAGCGGGGGAACCACAAUUCUCAAGCCCAGAGAACACAUCAUUUGAUGGAAGGAUGGCGGUUAUAAGCACGAGGACAGUGCAAUCAAGUUUGAGCUUGAUAGCUAGUGAACAAGAGGGUUCUGGUGUGGGGGACUCCAUCCAAAGCAGCAAAUCUUUGGCCCUGCGGAGUAUGGGAUCAGUGUAUGAUGAUGAGAACCCACAAAUGAGGAGGCACCAAGUGAGGUUUCAGGUGCCGUCAAAUGUGGGUAUGGAUCCUGCAGUAAGGGAAGAGCUGAUGGAUUUAAUCCAGGCCAGGGAAACAGGGGUUGCGUAUAUAAUGGGGCAUUCAUAUGUGAAGGCGAGGAGGUCGUCAUCCUUUCUGAAGAAGCUUGUGAUUGAUAUGGGGUAUUCUUUUCUUAGGAAGAACUGCAGGGGCCCUGCCGUGGCGCUUAACAUUCCUCACAUCAGUCUUAUCGAAGUUGGGAUGAUAUACUAUGUCUGAUGGAAUAGAAUCUAUUGCUCCUAGGCGAGGGGGAAUAAGGACAAAUAAUCGAAGGGGUAGGGGGGUACAUAUCUGCGCUUUGCUUUUGUUUCAAUUUAUUGGAAUUGCUGUCGUCGUUUUUAUUUGGUAAGCAACUGCAACACCACUUGGCGCCUGGGGUGGGUUUUCAAGUUUCAACUUUAUUUUCCCUCUACAAUCCUUUACCUCUACUUGUACUUGAUGUGUCUUCUUACUUUUGCUAAUGCUAAUAGUGAUUUAAUAGC